AGGCCGUUAUCUUCCCGCGAUAGUGCGAUACCCCAUUCACCGUUUUACUAUUCCUUCAGCCUCGAAACUUCUCUCGGUCUCCCUCGCGUACGCACAUUUUCAUGGCUUCGAUUUCUCCAAUUGGAAAUCUACCGCAAUCCUUAACGGCAUCUCUUGGAAGAGCUUCAAUCAUGAAGUGGCGCAUGCCGAUUACGCUUCAAUUCGGUGCUCAGCUACCCUAUAAAUCCGGAUCCAGUUCAACCGGUGAAAGCGGUUUUCCAGUUUAUGGAGACAAGAUUGAUCGAAGGAAAGCCAUAAUAUCUUCGGUUGGGUUGAUAUCUUGGCCAUUGUGGGGUGCUUCAAAAGAUGAGGUGGCCGUGGCAUCUGAAUUUGCUGACAUGCCAGCACUCAGGGGAAAGGAUUAUGGCAAGACAAAAAUGCGCUAUCCAGAUUACAUAGAAACGGAAUCCGGUCUUCAGUUCAAGGAUUUGCGAAAGGGAAAUGGCCCCACACCGAAGACAGGAGAGACCGUCAUGGUUGAUUGGGAUGGAUAUACCAUAGGUUACUAUGGCCGCAUAUUUGAAGCUCGAAACAAGACAAAGGGUGGUUCCUUUGAGGGGGGUGACAAAGAUUUUUUCAAAUUUAGAUUAGGAUCCCAAGAGGUAAUACCAGCUUUUGAGGAAGCUGUUUCAGGCAUGGCUCUGGGUGGCAUUAGAAGGAUCAUAGUGCCUCCUGAACUCGGCUAUCCUGGGAAUGACUUCAACAAAAGCGCACCAAAGCCAACAACGUUUUCGGGGCAACGAGCCUUGGACUUUGUGCUGAGGAACCAAGGGCUGAUAGACAAAACUCUCCUGUUCGAUAUUGAGCUCCUCAAGAUUAUAGCAAGCUGAUCCUUCAUAUCAAUGUUGACUUGCCUCUCCAAGCAACCAUUAAAUGAUGAAGGUUAGUUUGUGUUUGUUUAUUGUCUUGAAUUGUCUACGAGUAAGCAGUUUCCAUGUGUUAAUGAGCUGUGGAGCGAUCCAUAAUGUUGGAGACCAAAAUUUGAAGAAUGUAAGCAAGAUUAAACCUUUCCACCAAAUCGGUUCUUAGAAGUUGUGUUGUACAAUAUUCUGUAAUUGGAUACUUAUUUGAAAGAUAACAAUUUCUGUUGUUU